AUGGCGUCUGCAGGCGACCCAGAGCGGGACACCGGCCAUUCAGUUUGAGCUUUCUGCUCUUAAAUUGAGACCGGGGCUUGGUGGAGACUUAUCGGGAACCGUCACCAGACCCGUUGGUUUCUUUCUCCCCCGCUUUUCUCCGUUGUGCGUGGCUCACCCGAGCAGCGAGAUUGAAGCGGAACAGAACAGAUUCUCUCCCACAAUGAGGGGGAGAAGAGGAAGGCCGCCCAAACAAGCAGCCGUGAUGCGGGAGGGUUCACCCGGGCCAGUCCGCGGCUCUCGGGGCAGCAGGAGUAGAGGGAUGCGGGGACGGGGAAGAGGCAGAGGACGCGGCCGGGGACGGGGUGGCAUUGCUGGCGUUUGUAUGACUGGCUCUGCGGAGGUAGAUACAGACAUCUCCGGCCGAGAGAACUUUCAUUCGUCCCGGGGCCGCAGGAAAGUUGGAGGCUCCACAGCGGCGGUGUCCGCGGCGUCGCGGGGCAGAGGAGGCAGAAGCAGAGGCAGGGGGUCGAGAGGCGGCCGCGGCAGCAGAGGAGGGGUGAGGCGGCCUCAAACCAAGGUGGUCUACGACGACAACAGCGACGAAGAGGAUGAUAAUAUAAGCUACAGGUCAGACGACGAUGAACUCCUUAACGACAACCCUUCGUCGGAUCUUGAAGAAGAGGAGGCCUUGGGAAACGAGUCUGACUAUCUGGAGGAACUACCAGAUGAGGAUGAUGCCAGCUACUGUACGGAGAGUAGUUUUAAGAGCCACAGCACGCUCGGUAGCACCCCAGGCCGGAGAAGGAGUCGGGCAUUGCAACCGCAGUCUCCCAUCUUUGAGGCGAAGGACAUUCCUCCCCUGGACCUUCCUAAGUCCUCUGAGGACCUCCAGGUUCCUACCUCACAGCUCCUCAAUGUGUCCGCUGUCUACGAAGUCCUCCGCAACUUUGGCUCUGUGCUGCGCCUCUCCCCUUUCCGCUUUGAGGAUUUCUGUGCAGCGGUGGCCAGCCAGGAGCAGUGCACACUGCUGGCAGAGAUGCACAUCUCCCUGCUCAAAGCUAUUCUCAGAGAGGAGGACACUUCCAACACCACUUUUGGUCCCACCGACGUAAAGGACUCUGUCAACUCCACUCUGUAUUUUGUGGAUGGUAUGACCUGGCCGGAGGUGGUGCGGGCGUACUGUGAGAGCGACCCGGAGUACCGGCACAUUCUGCCUCUCCAGGAGACUGAGGAUUACCCGUAUGAACCGUUAGAGAGCAAAAUCAAAGUCCUGCAGUUUUUGGUGGACCAGUUUUUGGCCACCAACAUUGCCCGAGAGGAGCUAAUGUCGGAAGGUGUGGUUGCCUACGACGACCACUGCAGAGUAUGCCACCGCCUUGGUGACCUGCUGUGCUGUGAGACAUGUUCAGCCGUUUACCAUCUGGAGUGUGUGAAGCCGCCUUUGCUGGAAGUGCCUGAGGAUGAGUGGCAAUGUGAGGUGUGUGUGGCACACAAGGUACCCGGUGUGGCGGACUGCAUCCCAGAAGUGCAGAAGAGCAAACCGUUCAUCCGACAACUACCAGUCGGAUACGAUCGACACAACCGCAAAUACUGGUUCCUUAAUCGCCGCAUUGUUGUGUAA